UCUUUCCCCUCCUCCCCCCAAUCCCGCCCUUCCCGUGGUUACGCAAACACAAGGCCGGGCGGGAGAAGCCGGGCUUGGUGGAGAGCGCGAGGCGAGAAGCGCUCUCCGAAGGGGUUUCCAAGUGCCGGGGCGCUAGCGACGUCUUCUGCCCGGCUGGCCCGCUCGCGGAACUGCAUUUCAGCACCCUUUUUUUGAUCAUGGACCGUAUGUAUGAAGAUGUGUCAGAUUGUGAAGUGGAUCAUUCUUUCUUCGAUAGUGACUUUGAAGAAGAUGCGGCGAAGAAAGGAGCAACAACAAAAACAGAUGAGAAGGGAAAUAGUGAGCACACACAAACGGAAGAUACAAUUAUAGGCAAACCUGGCUUGAACAUGGAAACCAAAAUGAUGGAGGAUAACUGUACUGAGGAGGAAGACAAAGCAAAUAAAGAUACAGAAUCUCAGGAGGGGGGGAAAUUAAACAAUGGUGCUUGUGAUUCAGAAAAUGCUCUGUUGUCGUUAGCUUCUCUAAAUUCAGAAAAGGCAAGUACAUCUGGUAGGAUUUCAGCACAAGGUAAAGGAACACAUGGGAAAAAUAUUUCCGCUCAAGUUGACCAAAUAGUUAAAGAAUCUGAGGAAAACUACUAUACAGAUGAAGAAGACAGUAGCGAUGACAGCAAAAACCAGAGGGUUAGACUUAAGUUGUCUAAGCAGUCUAAUAGUGCAAAGGUUAGCAAGAAUAUUGCAGUCAGUUCCUCCUCGUCUUCCUCCUCCUCACAUUGCCUAUCCUGUAGUUCUGAUACAGACUUAUCAGAUUCAGAUGGUUGCUUGUCAGACUCAUCCUGCUCUUCUUCAAAAAAGAAAAGCAAAUGUAGCUUGGCGCUUCUUUCUCUGAGACAAAAACCCAGCCCAGGUAUUAAAUCGGUGGAAGUAAAACCCAAGCUUGGUGACUAUGCAGAAGAGUCUGAAGAUACUGUGACUGAUGUGACUCCCCUGUCAACUCCAGACAUCAGCCCCAUCCAGUCUUUUGAACUUGCAGCAUCUAAUGAUAAGAAACUAAAGGUUAAAAGACAAGAAAAUGUGAGUCAGGACUUAUAUGAACCCGACUUGGAUCACAAAUGUCAUCAAAAGGUCCUGCAGGAGGCUGUGGACUUGAAUCAUCUUUUGAAAGCUUUUCUGCAGCUGGAGAAAAAAGAACAACAGAAGCUGGUCUUGGAUCAGUCCUCUAUAGGGUCAAGGAAAAACUACUCUUUCACAAAUGAGGAAGUUCGACAAAUUGAUCGGGAGAACCAAAGGCUCUUAAAGGAAUUGACAAAGCACUCUGCAAAGCCCAGGAGCAAAAGUGCCUCACUGAAGAAGCCUUCAGGUCCAACACCUAAGAUGUACCACAGUACCAUCAACAGGCAGAGAGAGCAGCAAAGGAUUGACAGAGAGAAUCUGGCUUUUUUGAAGAGGCUUGAAGCAGUGAAACCGACGGCUGGUAUGAGGCGUUCUGAGCAGCUUAUGGACUAUCAGCGCCAGAUGAGUUACCUCAGUUCUGCUCCCUCUCCAAGGCGAGGGAAGUCUGCCUUAAGCCACCACAGCCCUUCUCGAGGUGCUUCAGGAGCAUCCAGCCACAGCGCAUCUAGUACCGUGAGUCGGAGAAGUGAAAGACCCGUUUAUGACUCAUCCAGUGAUGCCUUGCAGCGAUUGAAACCCACUAGUAUUCGUACUGCCUGGCUAUAAGUUAUUUGCACUUUGCCACCAGAUUUUUAAUUCUGACGUAUUUGCAGAUUGCUGUAAAGUCUCUGCAAGAGUAUUGUAAUAUUCACUGUUGGUGAUUAAAGGACACUGGAAAGUGAUAUUAACUACAAACAGAUACAACACUGAUUAUUAUUAUUCUUUUUUUGAGCAAGCAAGAUCUUUACUAUACAUGUUGGAUAAUAUCUUCCCAAUCAGUAUUUCUGGUAAUGAUAUAUUUGUAUAAGAAAAGUGGCACUGUAAAUCUUAUUUAUGUUCUUCAAUCACAACUGAAGCUCAGAUGUGAAGAGUAGAGGGUGGACUUGUAGCACUUUUGGACCAGUGAAAAAGUGUAAAAAAAAAUUGCUUUUCAUUUUUCAUUGUACAAUAAACAUUUGCAUUGGAUUAGUUGCUCAAUCUUUUGUUUCUUACAGUGUAGCUGCUGUUUUUAAUUUAGUACAGCCAAUUUAUGCAGUCUUCAACGAGAAUUACAUCGCUGGUUUUCCAUAUAAUUAUUUCUAAGGUCUUGUGGAAAUCGUAGAGUGACAAUAUGCAGUACAAUUCAACUCCGUUUCUUUCUGGUGAUUCUUGAAAUGGUUCUGUUUGGCUGAGUUCUUUCAGAUGAGCUUAUGCUUUGCUGCUGCUUCCGUGCCAAGAAUGGUUUUUGAUCAGGUCUCCAUGCUUAAUACUGAGAAAUGUUAUCUUUAAAUGUUUUAAUAUUACAUGUAUCCAGUAGCAGUCAGGAUGGAGGGAUGGAGAUGCUUACGUGACCCUCCCCUAGCACCAGAUGUGUUUGCACCCCAUAGGCCAUCUUGCUUCUCUGCCUCCUCGUAAGGUGCAACCAUGCUGGUGAUGGGAGGUAACCACCACCAACGUUCUAUGCUGACCCUUACUACUUGUAACUUAAGCAGUACAUUUGGUUUUAUCCAUUGUCUCCCGUAAAGGCUUGGCAAACCUUUUGUUAAUUAAAUGAAGCUCUCCUUUUUUGUGUGGAUUAAACUCAAUUUUGACAGUGAUUUUACCGGUAAUGUCUUAAGCAGUAAACAUUUAGACAAUGGUGUGGAAAAGCUCUGUGAACUAAAGCUCUCUUAUUGACCUUGUAAUGUAACUAACGUUUAGAUAGCUCUACCAGUGUGAAGUAUUUGCACAAUUAUGCUGAUUGAAUGGUUCUUUAUGUAGAGUUUCACUGUUUCUUGAAUGAAGUACAAAUGAGCAAGCCAUCUUCUGGUUGCACUGUUUGUUUGUUUUUAAAAAACUACUAAGCACUUUUAAACCUUUCCGUGACUUUUCUCUUCAUAGAAAGCACAGUGUGUACUAGCUUUAAACAGUGUCACCUUAAAUGUUUUAUUUGAUUGAUUAUGGAAGACAUGAAACUUGUAUGUCACUCUUUUUAAAGCUUUAAGUAAAUGAUUAAUUGAAUUACAUCUGUGUUCAGCAUUGUACUUCCUUUCUGUGAAUAUUUUAUCCGGAUAUAAACAAAAUGAGGUAAAUUUGGAGCUUAAGUUUAGUAAGUCUGUCAUAGAGUCAAAUUCCCUUCCUUCUAAUUAAAGUUCUCUCUGUAAUGAUUGCCAACUCCAGCACUCUCGUGAUUCCCCAUUAUUCUUUGAUAUAGGAAAUAAUGUUUCCACCUGAAACACAAGUUCUAUCGAUGGUGUAUUUUCUGGGUAGCUUUCUGGUUUGUUUAGAGUACGGUAAGCCCACAACUUGCACACAUUUAACUUAACAUGCAGAUUUAUGCGCAUGGCAAAAAAUGGAAAGGUUGCAGGGUUCCAAGGGAAAUGACUUUGGUAAUCCUCACCUGCCACUGAACCCAGUGGUUUUUUUAUGUGAUUUUGGCUUUAGUUCUGAUCCCCGAAACGUAUACCCCAUGUAAGUUGCAGGCCUACUGUAGAUUCUUGCUGGUAUCAGAGUUGCCUCACACAGUGUGAAGGAGAAAACAUUACAUGAACCACACAAUAUGCAUGUGGGUGCUACAGAGAACCAUAGCCUAUCUCAGCUCUUGAGUGUAGUAUAAAUAAAGCUGUGUCAGUUAUACACAACUUAUUUAUGUGUGUGCAGAACUUGAUUUUAAUGUACACAAUUCAGUGCGUGGACCCCCCCCCCCCCGAGAAACUAUAGUUGUUAUCCUAUGCAAAAUUUGGAGCUUCACAGAAGAGUUAAAUAUGAUUUGACGUAUAAACAGGAAAGGUUUAAUCAAGGAUACAGAGGUAACUUAGGUUUGUGUACAGAGAUAUAGCGCACGUUCAUUUUCAUAAAUACCUCCUUGCUGGAUUUGACUGACUGGCUAGUUUGCCAUACUGUCAGAUACUUAUUGGGAAAGGCCACUUGCAAGGGCAUAGCUGUAAUAAUCCUAUUCUGCUGAUGAUUUCAAGCAUCUGCUAAGAUGAGAGAGUCUCAUUUAUUGAGUAGUAAUGAAGGGGGCCCAAAGUCCUGGUAUAAGGCUGCUUUCUAUUUUAUUAAAAGUGUAUUGUUCCAUGUAUGCUGGGUGCUUUCUGUUCUGUUAGCUUGAAGCAAGCGGUGAUCAGCUUGGAGGCAGAAACUGGUGUCUGUGUGUUCUGCUCCUUUUGCUCACAAAGCAAGUUCUGUUUACAUGUCUCACAUAAUAUGUGAGGUGUCACUUACUUGCACAGCAUCCAAUAGUAUGGUCCUGACAUUCUCCCAUCACUUCAUGGGCUUCUUGUUUGAUGUUCAUUUCUGCAGUACCAGUACAGUAUAGACAUUUUCCCCUGAAGUUCUGGUUAGUAUCUUCUGCUAAUUAAGGGCAUCAGCAGUUUCCAUGAAGAGGGUUAGAAAUAAUUGCCUGUUUGAUGUAUUUGCAGUCUAAAGUGCUUUGUCUGUAACUUUAGCUGGAAGCAAGAUAAUUAUAUUUCUGCUUCUGGUAAGACACCCAAGAACAUUGUCUCCUUUUUGGAAGGAACAAUAGUAGUGAUAAACAUUUGCAGAGGUAAAAGCUGGUAUCGGCUUGCUCAGGGAAAGCAAUGCCUACCUGUUUUGUAAUAUGACCCAUAUGUAUGUGUAUAUGUUUUACAGUUCUACCCCCACUCUUCUUCGAAAGAGCUCAGAGCACCUUAAUGUGGUUCCUUGACAUCUUCUCAUUCAUAUGUAGCUGAAGCGUCAAACUAGCUUCAAAAGUUGUAACCAUGUCAUUCUCAUUUUCAGACCAUUCGCUGGCAGGCUAUGCAACAAAACGAGAACGCAAUACUGCUUUUAGCUAGAUUUUUUUUCAACUUUAAGCGGCAGGAUUUAAAGGGUAGAUAGAUAGAUAUGUUCAUUCUAAAAUAGGCCUUGUGCUAAAUUUACACAUGUAGAAUCCCAACCUUCGGUGGUACAGUGGUACCUCGGUUUAAGUACACAAUCGGUUCCGGAAGUCUGCACUUAACCUGAAGCAUACUUAACCUGAAGUGAACUUUCCCAUUGAAGCAUAAAACAAACAAAAAAUGCUUCCAGUAGCACCUCAGAGACCAACUAAGUUUGUCAUAGGUAUGAGC